AGUAAACAUAGCUUACACGUGGUUUGUUUGGUUUUGGUUUUGAAGUGCGAAGUAGCAGGGAAGUGGAAAUUAACGAUUACAAUUGCCUGACAUAGCAUUGCAUAAUAUGUUACAUCGUACCUGAGGACAUUUAAUUGGAGAAGUACUCUUGAAAAUCAUUUGCCAUAUUUCAUAUCAUUUUCUUUGAAGUGAUAUCACAGUAUGGAUGAACAGUGGAAAGUAAUAAAUGAGUUUGAAUGUGUUGAAUCAAUCUCAACAGAUGACUUUUGGAAUGGAGUCAGUGUUUAUAUAGAAAGACCUCAUCUUUUAAAUCGUAGACUUUUAGCUGCCCAGCUAUUAGAAACUAAGACUGCUAUGCAUAAUCACUUCAAUGAAGACUUAAAUGGCACUCUUUUAAGGCUUUUUAAUGAAGAAAUUCUAAAUAUGGCGACUCUUCAUGACUUGCUGAAAAGCAUACCUUCGACUUACAUCAAAUCUAAUGAACCUAUAAAAAAAACUAUUUCUGCUACAGAUGAUAAUGGUUCUAAGAUGUUAUUUGUAAGAAAUUUGCUUUCAAGAAAUAUGAAAUUGUAUGAAGACAUGGUAGAAGUUUCUGUUGCUGAUAAAUCUAGCUGCAGUGUUGCUUUUUAUCCUGUAAAAACUCCUGAUACCUUAUAUCCUUUAUCUCCUGCUUUUCCAUAUAGGAUCCUAUUGAAUAAUAACAAGCUUAUGUUAGAAGUUUCACGUAACUCUUGCGACCAAAAUAAUGCUAAUAACUGCAAAUCAGAAAAGUGGCUUGCAUCAGAUAUUUUGCCAAAGAUCUACAAAUGGUGUAAAUUUCAUCCUGAAGAAACUGUUUUACCCUCUCUUAAUUUGGUUUCAGCAAAGCUCUAUAAUGAAAAUCUUCACAAACUUAAAGAUAAAUAUGGAAAACACUAUGUUAAGAUUUGGCCUGAUUACAAUAGCACAGAUCCUUUUAAAUAUGUUUAUGAAGACAUUUCUAUUUGCGCUUAUCUCAUUACUUUGUGGGAAGAAGAAAGGAUAAGAAAUGGUUCAGAGAAGAAACAAACAUUUCUUGACUUAGGUUGUGGCAAUGGACUUCUGGUUGAUAUAUUAUCCUCUGAAGGGUACGAUGGACUUGGAAUAGAUCUGAGAAGAAGAAAAAUAUGGGAUGCUUUUGAAUCCAGAAACAAAUUGUUUGAAAUGACAGUGGAUCCAAAUCAACAUUUUUUAGAAUAUGAUUGGAUUAUUGGAAACCAUCCUGAUGAGUUAACCCCAUGGAUACCUGUAAUUGCUGCUAGAUCUAGUUAUUCGAUGAAGAUAUUUUUAAUGCCUUGUUGCUAUUACACUUUUAAUGGAAAAUAUGCUCAUUGUGAUGCUGGUCUUUCUCGCUAUCAAUCCUACUUAAAGUUUAUUCAUAAUAUAUGUGAAAUAUCAGGAUUUGUUGUACAGAAGGAUAAAUUAAGAAUACCAUCUACUAAAAGGAGUUGCUUUGUCUGUACAGCUCGAUCAUAUGAAAUGGAAGAAGAGGCUGCAGUGGAUUUACAACGUACACAACUUAUUAAUUCUGAGCUGAAAUUCAAUGAAAAGUUGAAUAAGAAAUCAAGUGAACAGCUUUUAUAUAAGAGAUUGAAAACAUCUGUUGGUUCAGAUUUCAAGCACAGGGAGCAAGUAGAACGUAUUCAAAAUUGCACAAAUUUGGAUAAGAAUGUGAUCAAUAAUAUAGUUUUUGAAGUCAUUAAAAUUUUGCUUUCAACUGAAGACUAUAUACUUAUAAAUCGAGAGGAAGAGCUAAUAUCUUGGAAUUCUGGGGGUGCAGUAAAACUAGAGGAUUUAGUGAAAUUGUUAAAACCAGAUAUGUUGAGUUCUUUAAAAAAUCAAAAUGGAGGUUUUCAAACUCUACUUAGAAAUCAUCGCAAUGUUUUUGAAAUUAAAAACUGUUGUGUUCAACUUAGAGUACCUGAAAAAUAUCAAACUCUCAAGUUUUCACAGCAAAAGCCUGACUUCAAACAAAAGAAAAAUAAGGAUGUUUUCAAAUCCAAAAAUUGCUUUUUCCAUUUUUACCAUCCUCAAGGGUGUCCUUUAUCAUCAAAAGAUUGUUCUUUUUCUCAUGAAAAGAUUGAUUAAACAAAAAAAAUCUAUUUACUAUUGAUUUUUUUUUUUUUUUUAAGUAAUGAGAACCUUUGCUCAAACCUAUAAAUUUCCCUCUUUUCAGCUACAGUUAUUUAAAUACAGUUAUAACUGUUAUUUAACUUCAGCCUAUUAACAUUAUAUACUUAAAAAGUGCCUUAUUAUUGCCAUCAGAAUUGUACUAGAGCUUUCAAAAACUAAAACGCUUAUGUGUGUAAAUGAUAAUACACAAUAGUUCUAAUAUAUUUUGUUUAUAAUCCAAUCAUUCGAUAUAUAAUUAUUUUGAUAUAUUGUGCCAAGUGAUGAUAAUUCACUAUAAUAUAGCCAUUAUAUAUAUUUUAUAUAAUAAAUCAUUCACUAUAUUUCUCUAAUAUGUUUUGUUUUUAAUCUUUACUAUAUAUUUAUUUUAAAAUGUGAUGUGAUUAUUGACUAUAAUGCAGAGAGUCCAACUAAUUCAGAUAUUCCAUAGUUUCUAUUCAAUUUCACCUUUUACUGCCGACUACAGAAAUUAUAACCUAUUUUACAAAAAAGUUUUAUUUUAAACGUUUUCACUGAUUUUUUUUAACAAUUUAUGACAGAAAUGAUGCAACGUUCUAGCAUUUUAAAAAUGAAAAAUACUUAAAAACGUUUAUGAUGUUUUCAUAUUUGCUCUUUACUGGUGAACUAAAAUAAAUAUGAUAAAUAAAAAUGCACUUUCAAAGAAACUUCUGUCGUAUGAUAAUCAGUAUAAUCGCUAACUUAUGAAAUUAAAAUAAGUUGUGCAAGCACAUUCCUUCCUUCUUCCAUCAUUUUUCUUUCCAUGUAGUUUCUUUCUUUUUUCACUAAGGCUUUGAAAGUAGAAUGGAACACAGUUUACACCAAAUAAAGACUGAACACUUGUCCUCUUUUACAAUUGCCAAUUGUGAAUAUUCUUUUUUUCAGGGGAGAGAAACUCAAAAUGUGUUAUGUUUACUUUCUUUUCUUUAUUUUUAUAACUGGACUGGAUUGAUGUUUUCAAUAUUUUCUAUGCAUCUUUUUGAAAAUUGCUUUUUUUUUUUCUUUAAAAAUUAAAAGAGAUUAUUUAAGUCAUUUGAAAU